CGUUGCAGGAAGCUCUGAGCUUCGCCUCUAAAGACUGGUGUGUCUCCCUUCGGAAAGAACGGGCUGCUGGGGCUUCCAGCUUCCUCGCUUGCAGCUUCAUCCUCUCGCCUUGGACCUUUUGGGUGGCAGCUUUAGGCCAUGGGUUACCUUCUCGAGGCUUUUCCUAGGGUUUCCCUUCGUCUCAUCCUACAUUUCACUGCAAAAUCGAUGCAGUUUGGCACUAUUUGAAUUUCCAUGGCUCAAUGUUAUAGGAUCGCGGGAGCUAUAGUUUAAGCUCUGCCAAUGCUUGUUGAUGCCUCACCAAACCAUGAUUCCAUAAUAUUGAGCUCCAGCAGCUAACCUAAGUCGCUUUGAGUCUGUGUUGUCAAAGGCAUUCAUGGCCGGAAUCACUGGGUUGCUGUGAAUCUUUCGGGCUGUAUGGCCAUGUUCCAGAAGCAUUCUUUCCUGACGUUUCGCCUGCAUCUAUGGCAGGUAUCUGCACAUAAUAUGCAGACUAAUUCAACCAGAGAAAAUGUAUUGUUGAAGGCUUUCAUGGCCGGAAUCAUUGGGCUGCUGUGAGUCUUUUGGGCUGUAUGGCCAUGUUCCAGAAGCAUUUUCUCCUGAUGUUUUGCCCACAUCUGUGGCAGGCAUACUCAAAGGUGUGAGGUCUGUUGGGAACUAGGCAAGGGAGAUGUAUCUAUUGGGCUCACUACACACUACAUCAAGGACUCAGCCCACUUCAUAGAAAAAAAUCAGCAAGCUCAACUCCAACGACAAACUGAUCAGUUUCAAUGUGGUGCCUCUAAUUGCCAAGAUCCCGGUAUUAGACACCAUCACACAAAUCAAUCAGAAUUUCCCAGAAGACAUGACAGCCCUGUUUUACCGUUGCCUCACCAAAAGCUACUUUCAAUGGGACAAUGAAUUCUAUGAACAGAAAGAUGGAGUAGCCAUGGGGAGCCCUCUCAGUCCUGUCAUAGCAAAUUUCUACAUGGGACAUUUUGAAAAACAAGCCCUGGAAACAGCAACAAAAAGCCUACUAUAUGGUUCAGAUAUGUGGAUGACACCUUCACAUUUGGAGCCAUGGAGAAGAAGAACUAAACAAGUUCCUGGACCACCUCAGCAGCAUCCACCCAACAUCCAAUUCACCAUGGAAAAAAGAAAGGAAAACUGCCUUUUCUACAUGUCCUAGUCAUCCGUAACCCCAGUCAACAAUUGGGCUAUAUAGUCUAUGCACACAGAUAAAACUACUUACAUAAAAAUACCAACCAUCACCCAAGUCAAAAAAGAAGCACAAUGAAGGCCCUUUUAAACCGUGCAAAAUGAAUCUGCGAAGCCCACCUCCUCCAAAGUGAACUAACCCACCUAAACUGAGCUCUACAGGCUAAUGGAUUCUCCGCCACAGACAUCAGACGAGCAGCAAGAUCAGGAACAAGCCAUGAGAGAAAAGACAAAGAUCCACCCAGAGGAAAAGUGUUCUUACCAUACAUCAAGGGAACCACUAACUGCAUAGGGAAGCUGAUGAAGAAACAACCUGCAAACUAUCUACAGACCCACUUAGAAAAUCCAACAAAUGUUACAUUCAGCGAAGGACAAGAGGGAUCCUCUCACCUCUGCAGGAAUCUACCGUAUACCAUGCAGCUGUGGACAAGUCUACAUAGGGACCACCAAACGCAGCAUUGCCCAAACAUGAAUCAAGGAACAUGAAAGGCACUGUAGACUCACUCAACCAGAGAAGUCAGCCAUAGCAGAGCCCUUGAUGAACCAACCUGGACACAGCAUAUUAUUUGAGAACACAGAAACGCUGGACCACUUUAACAAUCACUAUGUCAGACUACACAGAGAAGCCAUUGAAAUCCACAAGCAUGUUGACAAUUUCAACAGAAAGGAGGAAACCAUGAAAAUGAACAAAAUCUGACUACCAGUAUUUUUAAAAAACUCUAAAACCAGGACAGUAAAUAAAGAACAACACUCAGAAAACAGGAGAAUUCCAGACAGAAAACAAUCAGGGCCAACUAACAUCUCUCAGCAAAGGAUUCUCCCAGGCAAUAAGCAGCCAGACCUUGAAGCUGCAAGGCUUUUCAAUGCUAAUCAAGGCAGCCACUACUCCUCGGAUAUCUUCCAUCAGGUUGGCUCUGCAGAUCUUUGACAUGAACUACGGGGCACAGUUUGGCAGUCUUUGGCCUUCAAUCCGCAUCAGUCUCCUGUCUGAGCAGAAAUAUGGUGCUCUUGUCAACAACUUUUCUGAUGUGCUGCAGAUAACCCAGCAACUGGAAGACUUGAAUGCAACGGAUUUCAUCUGGGAAUCUAAAACAGUAGUACAGGAACCUGAUUCUAUAGCUCAGUUAGGUGCCAGUGAAUUAUCCUCUGCCUCAGAAACUCAGACUGAGCUUUCCCUGCAACAAGAGCAGCCUGUUCCUUCCCUCAGUCCCAACAUCAAAUGCUACACAUUUCCCAAAGGAGACAUCAGCAUUUUUCAUCCAGCCAAGCCAGAUGUGAUAGGAAUCCUGGGUUACUAUCUCCUUGAUGCUGCAUCAAUCUUGCCUGUCUUGGCUCUCAACAUACAGCCGGAUGACCUAGUUCUUGAUCUUUGUGCAGCACCUGGAGGGAAGACAUUAGCCCUUCUACAGACUGGGUGUUGUAGAGGGCUGGCUGCCAAUGAUCUUUCAACUUCUCGCACUCGUCGGCUUAAUGACAUUCUUCAUAGAUACCUUCCACAAGAGCUCCAAAAAGUAGUACGGGUUACAUCGUGGGAUGGAAGGAAGUGGGGUGAGCUGGAGACAAGUACUUUUGACAGGGUGCUUGUAGAUGUGCCUUGCACAAAUGAUCGACACUCACUCAGGGAAGAGGAUAACAAUAUUUUUAUGCGCAUGAGAAAAGGCGAGCGUCAGAACUUGCCCAGGCUACAACUGGAGUUGCUUGUAGCUGGAAUCCUUGCUGCCAAACCAGGUGGGGAAGUGGUCUAUUCAACAUGCUCCUUGUCUCAGCUUCAGAAUGAGUAUGUGAUCGAGAGAGCUGUGGAAUUAAUGGCAAUCCAAUAUCAGAUUGAAGUACAGGUUGAAGACUUGAGCUAUUUUCGGAAGUUGUUCCAGAGCACGUUUUCUUUCUAUCCAGAUUGCAGACUCGGGGAACUUAUUCUUCCUCACCUCACAGCUAAUUUCGGACCCAUGUAUUUUUGUAAAUUGCGUAGGAUGAGUUAGAAUGGACAGUACAUGGCACGACAGAAGGGAAACUAUCCAUCUUUUCAUGCCUUUUAAAAAGUUAAAGCUGUAAUGGCAUUUGCAAAAAAAGCCUGAAACUUCUUGUGUUAUCAGCAACAUUUGUGGACCUGUGUGUACCCCUUACUUGAUUUUUGUGAAUGCAGUGGAAAAUAAUCCUUAACCUCACAUGGAGGGGAUAGUUGUUAAACAAGCAUUGCCCAACAUUUACAGAUAUUUGUAAAACAUUACGUAGCCACCAUUGUGGUCAGUAUACUUCAUGAGUAUGGGUUGAGUAUCCCUUAUUUGUAAUUCUGAAAUCUGAAAUUGGUCAUAUGGGUAUUUGAGAUACUGAUGCUUUUACUUUCUGGUGCUCAAUUUGCCCUGGUUUUUUUUCUACAAUAUUUUCUUCAGGUGAUGUGUGAAACAUAAAUUAUUUUCGUAUUGAAAUUUGGGUUCCAUCUUCAGUGUAUCUAAUCAUGUGUAUAUAUGCAAAUACAGGUAUUCCAAAAUAUUAAAAAAUCUAAAUCUAAAACACUACUUGUCCCAAGCAUUUGGGAUAAGGGAAGCACAACCUGAAUGAUAUAUGCAUUGCAUGUUUAUGUGCUUGCAAGUCCUCUGUUUACAUAAUGACAACCCCCAUUAAUUUCAUACAGUGUUUUAAGACAAGGAAUAUCUCAGGGAGCUUGUCAUGACCUUCUUCUGAAACUCUUCCAUUUAGGGAUUAACCAGACCAAGGUUAUAUUUCUAGAUCCCUCCCAAGAAUUCUUUUUUUCACUACUAUGUAGUAAUACUUUUCUACCACUGCAAUAGUUCCUCUUACCAGAAAAGUUUUAAAAAGAUAAAGAUGUUUAUGAAGACUGAAUAGGUUUUCAGUCAGUGCUAACACCAGUAACAACAAAAAUAAUAGUAUGCUGGCUUCUGGAACAAGUCAGUGUGAUUUGUAGAACAUCAGCCUGCAGAAGUCCUCAGUUAUUAUGGAAGAUGGCUAAUCUUUCAUGUACUUAGGGCAUGCAUAAACCUUUGAAUAUGGUCUAACGGUUUAAAGUGAAAAUUUUCACCACAAAGGAUCUCUUGUCUUUUUCUCUCCAUGCUUGUUUAGAACAAACUUCUUGAUGAACAACCAUUCCACUGUACUCAGAAUUUAAGUGCAUCAAGAAAACAUGUUGGAAAUUAUAUGCAUUUAAUUAGAUAUAGUUAAACCAGAGCCCAAACCCUUCUAUACUAUUGUAUGGAAGGCAACAAGGAAAAAUCUGAGCCAUGGUCUAACUAGGUUUGUUCCUAAUGAGGCGUCUACACAUUCUCUUGAAUGGUUAGAAGUCAGAGGCUCUGCCUUUCUUACACGGAAACGGAAGAAUUUGUAUCCCAUCGUUUUCCCAUCCCAAAUGCAAGGCGGUUCACAAAGGUUUAAACUGAUUGAGCUUUUAUUCCUCCAUGUGUUCUGUUUUAUAAAGUGGCCUCUCAUGACGGCCUUACUGGCCUCCCAUACCGUUUGGGUCGAGAUUCCUGGGGUUGUAUUGAUUUUAAAAUAUUCCUUCAAUAUAAGUUUAUUUUUCUCUAUGUCUUCUUCUGAUUUUAAUAGUAGAUCAUUUAACCUCCAUUUCCCUGGUUUUUUACUUUCAUGUAUUAUAAAUUUUAUUGGGCAAUGAUCCGAAUGAGUUCUAGCUAAUAUUUCCAUUUUGGAUAUUUUAGUUGAGAGGCAAUUUGAGAUCCAUACCAUGUCUAUUCGUGACCAAACAUGGUGUCUGUCAGGAAAAAAAGUAUAGUCUCUUUCCUGUGGGUGGUGGGAUCUCCAUACAUCUUGUAAAUCCACUUCCUGUUGCAGAUUGAUAAAGUUUUUUGGUAGAUUCUCUCCCCCCCUUUUUACUCUUUCUUUUUGUGUCUUUUGUUUUAUCUAUAUCCACGUUCAUCACUCCAUUAAAGUCACCCAAUAAAAUCAAGUUUUCAAA